AUGGAUGCAAAUGAUUCAAUUGAUCCAUUUCAAUCACCACCAAGACCCAAAAUACCAUUAUCUAAUAGUUGGCAUGAAGGUAAAUUAAAAAAACUGAAUUCAGUUCCAAAUACACCAUCUGGUAAUUCAAAUUCAAUGCCAAACUCAAGGAGAGCAAGUUUGGAUGAAACAAAUUUCAACUUUACAACCAGAUUUAGAAAUUCUAUAAUUAUUCCAGUCACAAAUUGGACAAAAUCAAAGCCAAAAACAGUAAAAGAAGAUAAAUAUAUAAUUGAAUAUUCUGUUUUUAGAUAUAAUGGCAAACAAAUUAAUAAUGAAGUAGAUUUAGAAUCACAUUCAAAAUUGUUCAAUCCCAAGGGUAUAACAGAUACAGUCAUGUCUGAUCAACAAUUCAGGAUUUUAAUUUCACAAGUAGAAAGGAUCUUUGAAGUUGAUCAUAUUUAUCCUCAACGUAUAACUACCGGAUCAUCAGGGUCAUAUUUUAUUUUCAAUAUUGAUAUAACGCUAUAUAAAGCAGGGAUAUUCAAACCUAAAGAUGAAGAACCUUAUGGUCCUCUAUCUCCAAAAUGGACAAAAUGGCUACAUAGAACUUUUUUUCCUUGUUGUUUUGGUCGAUCAUGUUUAAUUCCAAAUUUGGGUUAUGUUUCAGAAUGUGCUGCUUAUAUACUAGAUAAAAAUUUGCGAUCAUUCAUAGUUCCACAUACUGAAAUUGUAAAAUUAAAAGCUCCUACAUUUUAUUAUAAGUUUUGGGAUAGGUCAAAACCUGCAAAGAUUGGUUCAUUUCAAAUUUUUUUAAACAAUUAUAUAAAUGCAGAUAUUUGGUUUAAAAUUUAUCCUAUACCGAUAGACAAAGUAGCAUUACCAGACUCAUCAGAUAUGGAGGUAGAUAUAAAUGAAUGUAAUUAUGUGUUUCAUUGGAGUAAGUCAUCAAUGUUACAGUUUCAAAAAGAAAUUGAAAAAUUGGUAAUACUAGAUUAUUUAAUGAGAAAUACAGAUAGAGGGUUGGAGAAUUUUAUGAUCAAAAUAGAAUGGGAAGAAGUGAAGACAAAUGAUGAAAAGAAAUUGGUUAAACCAUUUAUAAAAAUGGGUGCUAUUGAUUCUGGUCUUUCUUUUCCUUGGAAGCAUCCAAAUGAAUGGAGGAGUUUUCCUUUUGGUUGGUUAUUUCUUCCAUUGUCAAUUAUAGGGCAACCAUUCACACAAGAAACAAGAGAUCAUUAUCUACCUUUACUUACAUCUCGUUAUUGGUGGUCUAAACUAGUACCUGAUUUAAAAGCAGUAUUUAUGAAGGAUCAAGAUUUCAAAGAGCGUAUGUGGAAUAAACAAUUAGCAGUACUUAAGGGUCAAGCCUUUAAUAUAAUUGAGAUUCUAAAAUUACCUUAUGCUGGACCUUUAGAAUUGACACGAAGGGAAAAUUUAUUAGUAUUUGACGAUAUAAUGUACUUGCCUGAUGGUAAAGAUAUACAAUGUUCAAAUUAUUCAAGUUAUCAACAAAAUGAAUUAACUCCAUUGUUAAAUCCAAUUCAAGAAAUAAUUAAUGAUAAUGAAGAUGGUCCAAAUAUUUAUGAAUCUGGUUAUGAAAGAAUUAGUAGAACAAAUCCAGAUUCGAAUGCUACGACACAACAUAAAAAAGUUAUUAUUGAGCGAUUGGUUAAAGAAACUAGUAAGCCACCAGUAUUUACUUGGUGUUAA